CGCCGCCGUAUUUCCGUGGCGACGGUGAAGCAUGGCGGCUGCGGUUGAGGCGGCCGAGGUGGCGCAGGCCCUGACUCGGCCCCUGAGCUGCCUGCAGGAGCCCGACUGCGGCCGGGCGGCGCGCCUGCGGGCGCUGGAGGCCAUCCGGGCCGAGCUGCAGGGGCGGCCGCUCUCGGGGGCCGCGGUGCAGGAGGUUUUCGGGGCGCAGCUGGUGCGGCCGCUGGCGCGCUGCGUGGUGGGGGACGCGGCGGAGCGGUGCCGGGAGCUCGCCCUCCAGCUCCUCCGCCACGGGCUCAGCUACGGCGACCGGCCGGGCGAGGCGCUGCCCGUCCUCCUGCCGGCCCUGGCCCAGCGCCUCUGCCCGCCGCAGGGCUCUGAGCCCAGCGAGGAGCUGCGCCUCGGCCUCGUCCAGCUCCUGGGGGUCCUGCUGCAGCGCUGCGGGGCCUCCGUGGGGCCCUACCUCACCGAUGUGAUCCGCAUCCUCCAGGCCACCCUCCUCGACCACUAUGCCGAGGUCAGGCGUGAGAGCUGCAGGUGCGCCGUGGCCUGCGCCCAGGCCGUGCCAGAGCACUUCCAUAUGCAAUCAGAAUCUCUCAUAAAACCGCUAAUGCAAACAAUUUCGCAUCAGCACUACAGAGUUCGUGUGGAUGUAAUUCAGGCUACUGGAGCAGUGAUACAGUUUGGAAAUGGAAAGUCUGUGGAUGAUGUUGUGUCUCAUCUGGCCCAGAGGUUACUUGAUGAGAUUCCCAAGGUUCGACAUGCUGUAACAACUGUCAUUGGAGAAUGGUUGUUGCAUCUACGAGAUAGAUACUCAUAUUUCCACAAAUUGAUCCCUUUGUUACUUGGUAGCUUUACUGAUGAAAUUCCUGAAAAUGGGAAACUGGCUUGGACUUACUGGGAAAAGAUAGGCUUGCAGUGGGAGAAAGAGAAUGAAGAAGAUCUAAAGGAUAAGAUGGAUUUUAGUGUUUCACCAUCUCAUUAUCCCAAAGGAGUGACUCGACCAGGACUAGGUUGUCGGGAACUUGUGUCAAGAAACCUCUACAAAAUUCUUCCAGGUCUCUGUCAUGAUAUAACAGACUGGGUUGAAAGCACAAGAAUAAAAGCAUCUGAGCUUCUGUAUACGUUACUGCUACAUACAGAGGAUCACAUAACACAACACAUGGAGCUACUGCUUAGAACUUUGUACCAAGCAUGCUUGGAUGAAGAAAGCAAUGUGGUUAAAAAUUGUGUGAAAGCAGCAGAAUUGAUUGGGACGUUUGUCAGCCCUAAGGUGUCAUUGAGAUUAAUCACAGCAGCCUUUGAGAAGACACCCAAGCCAUCCUGUGUAAUGGUUCUAACUGCGGUGAUCCGCGGUAGCCCAAAAGGAAUCUUACGGCCUCAUUUGGCCGAUCUUGCCGGCACACUGUCACAAGCUGGAGUUUGUCAACGAUCUGAAGAGGUCUUUUAUACGGAGCAGUUGCUUUGUUGUGUACAAGCAUUGAUUGAAGUAUGCCAGGAAGACUGCAAAGAAAUUAGCUUGCAGCUAAUGAAAAUUUUGGUGACAAUAAUGGCAAUAGCAUGUUCUCAGCACGUUAAAGAAAAGGCAGAAGAAACGAUGUCUUCAUUAGCUGAAGUGCAGCAAUUAGAUAGUUCUCUUGAUCUCUACAAGCAGCAUAUAACUCAGCUUAUGGAAUGGGUUUCAGUAUCAUGUGAUUGUUGGACAUGCUGUUCUCCAGAAAUAUUGCAGUUGGAUGUCAUCGCAACUCAUUCAGGUCCUGUCGUAGGUGAAGCUCUAAAUGAUUUUAUUCUCAUUCUUAAGACGUGUCUUCAGCCAGACAAAGAUCCCCAGAUGAGGUUAAAACUUUUCACUGUUUUAUCGCAGUUGUUCCAGAAAGCAAGUGAAACCGUCAAUUCUCAGGGUAUAUUCAUGGCCUACAUCAUACAGUGGGGGCAAGAGGAGGAACAAGCCUGGUGUUCCCAUUCAGGGGGGGAUUCCAGGCUGUUCCCUAGCUACCUUGAGACUGUGAUAAAAGACAUACUGGCUCCUAAUCUGCAGUGGCAUGCUGGAAGAACAGCAGCUGCCAUCCGCACUACAGCUGUAUCAUGCCUUUGGGCUCUUAUCCACUGUGAAAUGCUUUCACCAGAAGAGAUCUUAAAAGUCAAAGACGGCCUAAUGCCCCAGGUUAUUGCUGCCAUGGAUGAAGACUCUAAAAUUACUCGACUGAUGGCUUUACGUAUUGUUGGUGUAUUUUUAAAAGUCUGUGGGAGGCAGUUUGAUGAAGAAAAAUUUACCAGCAUUUACACAGAAGUUCUAAAGCGUCUGGAUGAUGCUUCGUGUGAUGUACGACUGGCAGCUGCUCACACCUUAACUAACUGGUUUAAAUGCUUAAAGGACAGUGAUGUGAAAUCUGCAAUGGAAAGUCAUAUUGAGUUUCUGUACCAAGAACUGUUGAUACAUCUCGAUGACCCAGAUCAAAACACCCAAAAUGCAGUCCUAGAAGUUUUAAAAGAAGGAAGCGUUUUAUAUCCAGAACUGCUCGUGAGAGAAAUUGAAGGGGCUGUACGUAAGCAUCAAACACCAGUGUAUUGUAAUAAACUGCUACAUCACAUUCAGUCAGCCAAAGAAUCAGCUUUAUGAAUCAGUGCUGAAAUUUUUUAGUGAACUGUAUGUGAAAUCUGUAUUAUCUGGAUUACUUUAAUCUUUUCAUUUGCUUAAGAAAAGCUGAGUAAUAAAUUUAUUGGUUUUUCUUUGUCAGUUCCCUAUUAGCUCAUUUAAAGUCAAAUUGGCACAAUUCUACGUUCUUUGCUGUUUGAACUGUUGUUUGUAUUUGCUAGCAAUAAAACUGUCUUAAUUCACUUUGCAUUGGAAGUUUUUCAGAUACAAGGUUUAAAGGAGGAGUGUUUUUCAGGAAUUUGACACUGCAAUUGAGAAAGAUUAUUUAACAAAUGUAAUAGUCUAAUGUCAAAGUUACUAAUGUAAUUCACUGAGGACUCAGUCUUUCAAGGAACAUUUCAAACUGUGGAUGAAAUCAGACUUUGUAGAGUCGGUCUGUGAGGAUCAGUUUUAUCAGGACAAAACCCCAGCCAAACUCCUCUUGCAUAAAGCAGCAAAAAUUUUAUAAUGUUUCAAGUACUCAUUAUGCUGGUACAAUAAGGAGCGUAUUCUGAGUCGGUGUUACUAAAGGAAUAGUUUUUAUUGUCACUGCAUUACAUUUGAUGACUAAGAAUAAAAGACUUUUUUAAAUUAAGGUUUACACAUGGGAGGAAAUAUGUUUUGUCAUUUAGAUUAACAGUAUUUAUAUUUUUGUAUUAAAUAUACCGCAUCUGCAGUUUUUAUAUGUACGCCGUUGUGCCUUGGAAAGCAAGAAAUGUUUGUUUGCAUAUUUGAAAUGAAAUUCUGCAACAUUAGGUUAAAGCUUGAUUUAUUUUGUAGAAGACUUGUGGUUUUAGUGUUGUCUUAUUCUCAGCUGUGUAAUAAAGUGAGCUGCUAGAUUCUCGUCUA